AUGUUCAACAGCAGACACCCCAGCCUUAGCAAAAGAGGAGGGAUAUGGGGAUUUUGCAUCCUCUUGCUUUACACCAGCCCUCUUUCCUGUUUUGCAAAUUUCAGCCAAGCAAAAGAGCUGAUCUAUAAGAUAAAGGAGGGAUUACCCAGGGGGACCUUCAUAGGGUCCAUUGGAGUAGACUUAAAUUUGGAUUUCACUGUGGAGCCCCCCUUUUUGUUCAGUCUCCCGCAAAAGAAGGUCAGUGGACAGUUUGUGAACCUAAAUAAUACCACCGGGGAGCUUUACACAUCUGCAACGGAGAUUGACAGGGAGACCUUUUGCUCUGAUAACUCAGGGGGACGGGGAUGUGUCCUCUCACUGGAUGUGUUUGUGUUGCCCCAGCAGUACUUUCAGCUGGUCAAAGUUAAGAUCUUCAUUGAGGAUGUGAAUGACAACAGGCCAAAGUUCCCUGUGGAUGAGAUCUGUAUAUCUGUCCCAGAAAACUCACCAAUCAAUGCUCGUUAUGCAGUGGAGCAGUCAGCAGUUGACCCGGACCUCGGUAUUCACGGAGUGCAGACCUACUGGCUUGUUAAUGACUUUGGCAUGUUCACACUGGAUGUUGAGGAAAAUGAGGGAGGUGAGCUGACACCCUUCCUCAUUGUGACGGAGGCUUUGGACAGAGAGACCCAGGCUGAAUACAUUACGGAUAUCAUUGCAGAGGACGGAGGGACCCCUCCUCUGCUCGGGGCGGCUACUUUGAAAAUUGUCAUCACAGAUGUGAACGAUAACUGCCCCCAAUUCACAGAUUCGCAAAUUAAUGUCACUCUGCAUGGGAAUGCCACCAAAGGGGCUCAUUUGGCACGACUGCAUGCUUUUGACCCUGACCUUGGUGCUAAUGCUCAGAUCAGCUAUGCUUACAGUGAACGUGUGCCAAGGGACACCAGGAGCUUGUUCCAUUUGGACAGAAUCUCAGGGGUGAUCAAGCUAGCUGGGAAAAUAGACACUGGCACAACCACGUUUUACAAACUCACCAUUCUGGCCAAUGGAGCUGGUUGUAUCCCUGCAGUAGCUGCUGUUUCUGUCCAUAUCAUCAAAGUUGUUACAGGACCCCCUGCUGUCAUACCCCGAUACAUUGCACCAGAAAAGGAUGGGGUGGUGAGCAUAAAGGAGUCGGAGCCAGAGUUUUCUCCAAUUGCUUUUUUUACAGUCAAAAACAUUGAUAAGAACCAAAAGGUGGAUUGUCAUUUGGAAGGGUCUGGUCCUUUCAGGCUCGUCCCCUAUCAGCUUUUAAAGAACGAAUACCUGCUGGAGACUACAGAGCCCUUGGACUUUGAGAGGACACAGGAGUAUGAGCUUAUUGUGGUUGCCAAGAAUUCUCGAGAGCUCGUCAUCAAGACUUUCCUCAAGGUGCAGGUAUUGGAUGAGAAUGAUAACGCACCAGUGUUUCAGCAGUCUUGGGUGGAAAUAUCUGUGGAGGAGAACAAUCCACCAAACACCUUUCUGACCCAGCUCCAAGCCACGGAUCCGGACAGCGAAAGCAGCGGGGAAGUCAUCUACCUCCUUGGCGGUGACGCCCCAGGGGUCUUUGUUAUGGAUCGUGUGACAGGCGUCCUGACUGUGACCACAUCGCUGGACCGCGAGGAGAAAGAGACGUACCGGUUCAUAGCGAGAGCGGUGGACCAGGGUACGCCCAGGAGGGAGUCGAUUGCAACUGUGGUGGUGAGUGUGCAAGAUCGCAAUGACAACAGUCCACGCUUCAUCAAUAAGGACUUCACGUUCUUUGUGCCAGAGAACUUCCCGGGGUACGGUGAAAUUGGGGUCCUCUCAGUGACGGACGCUGAUGCAGGUGAAAAUGGUUGGGUGGCCCUUUCCAUCCUCAACGGCAGCGACAUCUUCCUGAUUGACACAGGCCGAGGUGCGCUGAGGGCCAAGACAUCACUUGACCGUGAGCAACAAGGGACAUAUCAGCUGUGGAUCGAGGCUGUCGAUGGUGGGGAACCUGCGCUUUCCUGUGUAACUAUGGUGACCGUGCUGUUGUUGGAUGUAAAUGACAACCCGCCUAUUGUCCUCUUCCCCCAGUCCAAUCAGUCUUACAUGCUAGUUCUACCCAAUACACCAACAGGAACAUCAAUAACAGAGGUCUACGCUGUGGAUAAGGAUACAGGCAUGAAUGCUGUGAUCGCCUACAGUAUUGUUAAGAGGAAAGGUGGCGAGCCAGGUUCCUUUGCCAUUGACCCAGAAACAGGGAAUAUCACAUUAAAGAGGGAACUCAGCAACCGGGGGCUCUACAGCCUUCUGGUGAAGGUCAGUGACCAUGGUCAGCCUGAGCCGCUUUACUCAACAGUGAUGGUUAACUUCUUUGUCAAUGAAACAGUGAGCAACGAGAGCUACAUCCAGAGCCUGCUGACCAGAGAGGCUGAAAUUGAGGUAGAGGAGAGGCCCUGGUACAAAGGCCAGAUGACAGAGGGGCCUGAGAGGUAUGAGUUGCUCCCCUGUCAGCCUCUCCUCAUUGCUCUUUCAGUAACAUGUCUGGGGCUGUUCUUCUCAGUUGUCACACUGAUAUCGUACAUAUGCUGUAGGAGAUAUAAAAAGCAGCGAAAGAAAAAAUCAGAGGUGGAGAUACCUUUAAAAAUGAAGAAUGACUCAAUAAAGGUUGUGAACAGAAAGCUCAGGCAGAUCUCAAACAUCUGA